AUGAACAGCAGUUAUCACGCGGGUUCGGCCACGGCGUCCUAUGACGUGAAUGACGUCGACGUCGACGCUGGGUUCGGCAACUACUCCUACUCCGAGAACCGGUUCGUGCUGCCCCUGUGGAAGGAGGCCGUGUGGUCGUGUUUGUUCGGCGGCAUGGUCUUCGUGUCCACGGCCGGGAACGUGGUCGUCGUGUGGAUCAUCACGGCGCACAAGCGGAUGCGGACCGUCACCAACUACCUGAUUGCCAACCUCAGCGUGGCCGACGUCGUCGUGUCCACGCUCAACGUCGUCUUCAACUUCAUCUACAUGCUGUCGAGCACGUGGCCCUUCGGCGCCACCUACUGCAAGAUCAGCAGCUUCAUCGGCGUCCUCAGCGUGUCGGCCAGCGUCCUGAGCCUCGUCUGCAUCUCCCUGGACAGGCGAGUAGUAGUUCUUCUUCUUCUUCUUCAUCAUCAUCAUCAUCAUCAUCAUCAUCUCCUCUGCACAUACAAUGGGGAAUCAAGGAUCCCUCGCGCGCGGCGGAGAUCCCGGGGAUCCGACACUGUCGGGGUUCCUCAGACGCAAAAGGGCGGCGAAUGCCUGAUGGACUACAAUACUACCACCACGGACCACCACCACCACCACCGCCGUCACCGUCGCCGCUACUCAACUCCGCAGCGAGGGGCUUUGCGUUCCUCGGUGGAGAUUUACAAUUCUUUCGAGGAGAGCCGGCCGUGGAUUCCGAAGGGAUCUAUAUAUAGGGCCACUGUGCUGUACUUGGUGGAUCCCUGUGCUUGCCGGCUUUCCUCUGGGAAGGAUCCCGGGAUGGGCAAUCCUGCCGCUCUUUCAACUACGCACGCGGGGCAAACGAGAGGCAUUUCCCACUGGAGCCCCUGA